CAAAACGAUGACAAGGUGCAGCGUAGUUCGCAGAUCGCUGCUGUCCUCGAGUCGCGCACUGCUCUACCGAUCCUGCGGUCCGGUCCGGUUCGGCAUCAUCGGCCGCGAGGGCUGCAGCAUGAACCGCUGACGCUCGAGUUUUCGAAGAGCAGACGAGGAGCAAUGGACGCGUCACAGCGCAGCGGUGGGACUGGGAUCAGCGACGCGGAGCUCGAGCCCACAGCUCGUGACCGGAAGCUCGAGGGGCUCCUGAAGAAAUACACCAACCUACUUCAUGGAUGGCAGAGUCGAUUUUUUGUGCUGGACAAAGAGCUGAGCCAACUCCACUACUACCUGAAUGAAGCCAGUCGAUGGGAGAGAGCGCCGAGAGGCUCGCUCUCUCUCCAAGGGGCCACUGUGGUUACCAGCAGCUACCCACACAUGUUUACCGUCCAGCCCUCUGUCGGAGCGUCCUACAAACUCAAAGCCUUUGGGCCAGAAGAGCAGAAUCUAUGGAUGACCCAGCUCCAGUUGUGCUCUUCUGAUAGCAGAACCAAGGGGGGGCCCCACCAUCCAGAGAAGCUGAGGAACGGUACUGAUGACCAGCCUCCCCCAGAUGAAGCAGCAACUCAUGCAGAGGAGGCCACCUCUGCUGUGCUGAGUUGCCUGAGAGACUGUCUCAGUUUGCGGCCGCACAGCCAUGACAACAAUCCUGGGCUCACCACCAGCCUUGGUUCUGCAGAUGCAAAUGACACUGAGCUGAAAUCGGUGAAUCCGCAACUCCAAUCCGACGCGAAGCAAGUCGACCCUGCGAAUGCUGGGAGCAGAGGCGGAGCUCAAGAGUGCGUCCAGCGGAAAGCUCCAGUGUCUGUCUUUGAAGAUAGUCAACCUGGCUCUCCGCCUCUCUCCUCCAAAUUCCUGGAGUACCAGAAAAAGGCGCAACAGCCCAUGGGUCUGGACACCAUAGAUCCCAAUGACGAGAGCACUGACCUGGAGGAUAAUGAAGAGGAAGACUUGGGUGGUCUUGAUGAUCAGCAGAGCCUCAUUCAGCAUCUUCUUUCACAGCUGAAACUUGGAAUGGAUCUCACCAGGGUGACCCUCCCGACUUUCAUCUUGGAGAAGCGGUCUCUACUAGAGAUGUAUGCCAAUUUCAUGGCCCACCCCGACAUCUUCCUGUCCAUCUCCUGCUGCCGGACCCCGGAGGAGCGCAUGGUCCGCUUCGUGGAGUACUACCUGACAGCCUUCCACGAGGGCAGGAAGGGCGCUGUGGCCAAGAAACCCUACAACCCCAUCCUAGGUGAGGUGUUCCGCUGUUCCUGGCACGUGCCUGAGAAGCAGGCCCAGGCUCCUGGGACCGGCUGGUCCACAGUCCCCCACUCAGCUCAGAGCACCGGAGGGAGCUCGGACUGCUGUAAGGUUUGGUUCCUAGCUGAGCAGGUGUCUCACCACCCGCCCGUGUCGGCCUUCUACUGCGAGUGUAAGGAGAGAAAGAUGUGCAUCAACGCCCAUAUAUGGACCAAAAGCAAGUUCAUGGGCGUAUCUGUUGGGGUCUCCAUGGUGGGUGAAGGUAAGCACCCCAGCGCCGUCAACAUGAGUGGGAUGUUAGAGCUGCUGCUCUUCUGUUUUGCAGGAGUUCUUUAUCUGGCAGAGCAUGAUGAGAAGUAUGUGUUCACGCUACCAUGUGCCUACGCCCGCUCCAUCCUGGCGGUGCCCUGGGUGGAGCUGGGGGGUAAAGUCUCCGUUAGCUGUGCCCAGAGUGGGUAUUCUGCUGCAGUAACCUUUCACACCAAGCCUUUCUGUGGAGGAAAAGUGCAUAGAGUGACGGCUGAGGUGCGGAACAACACCACGGGGAACGUUGUGUGUAAAGCUCAGGGCGAGUGGAACAAGACCCUGGAGUUCACCUCCAGCAGUGGAGAAAGCAAAGUCAUUGACACGUCCAAGCUCCCGGUCUAUAAGAAGAAGAUCCGCCCGCUUCAGAAGCAAAAUGAAAACGAGUCCAGGCGUAUUUGGCAACAUGUGACAUCAUCUCUGAAGGCGGGAAACAUGGAUGCUGCGACAGAGCAUAAACGCCAACUAGAGGAGCGACAACGCCACGAGCUCAAGCUGAGAACAGCAAACAAAGCAGAGUGGAAGCCCAAAUAUUUCAAGAAAGAGGGGGAGGGCUGGGUGCACCAUCGCCCGCUCUGGAAGGCUCACUAAUCAUCAGGACCCGGGGGGUUGGAUAUAAGACUGACCAGACCAACACUGAAGCCCUUUCUCUCCAUCUGCCCUCAUGUUCCAGCUUAAAUGGCUUGACUUAAUAGCUACACUUUAUACAGCUCUUUGAUUCUCAUGUAUAUUCCUGUGGAUAUUUACAUGGCAUUUUGAGCAGAGCUUAAGUAUUGAUGCUGCUAUUUUGAUAUCAGAAGAAAUAAAGACUA